GCGAUUUCACUGAUUCGCCGUUCUAUCGGUUUCGAUUGCGGCUUGUUUUCGUGUAAUAUAUAUACGUUUUUGUAUAUAUUUAUAAUUGAAAAAUAUAUAUUCAAAAAGUGCCUCAGAGAAAAUGGAAAGUAUCGUUUUCAUUUAAAACAUCUAUCCAUGUACAGGAAAAAUCGUUCUCCAGACUGAUCAGCCAUUAUUUAAGAAAUAAACAAUAUACUUAAUACAAUUUGUUAUCCACGUAUUUUAAUGAUCUGAAACUAAUUAAAAACAAUAGAUAGCAAAUCAUUUUGUUUUUACAAUUUAUAUUUUGUGUUACCUUACUGUUAUUAGGUAAACAUAUUUUUUUUUAUUGUUGAAAACUGUUAACUACCUAGAAUUAUUUUAUCCGUAUUUAUCUAUGAUUUUAAUUAAGAUUAAUUGAUCAGAAUGAGGAUUAGAAGGUUAUCAGCAUUCUUUUGGGCAACUUGUAUAAUUGCAUUUAUAUUUAUACUAUAUGUGGUGACUGACCUGAGUCUUAAAUUACCCAGCAUAAAACCUGCAGUCCAAGAAUUUGAUGAGAGUAAAUGGUCAGUAUUUGAAUCUAAGUUGCGUCAUAUAGAAAAUGAGUUGACACAACAUGAUGUUGUGGUCGGAGAAAUAAAGCAGGUAGUGGAUCAGAUUGCUGAACAUUCACAAGGGCACCAUCCACCACAGAGACGGCCAAAAGAUGAGAAGAAAUCAAAUAAGUUGAGAGAGUUUAAAGCAUUAGAUGAUAGUCAUAUAGGGCUACAUGUGAAAUUUAAUGAAUCCUCAUGUCCUAUACAAUCUGUACCAAAGGCUGAGGUGCAGAUGUUAUCAAUGUAUGAGAGGAUGUUGUUUGAUGACAAAGAUGGAGGUGUAUGGAAACAAGGAUGGAAUAUAGAAUACAAGGAAGAUCAGUGGAACCAUAAGAAUAAACUGAAAGUAUUUAUUGUACCACAUUCACAUAAUGAUCCGGGAUGGAUCAAGACAUUUGAGAAUUAUUACAAAUCACAGACAAAGGCAAUAUUCCACAACAUGGUGGAGAAAUUGUCAGAAGGCAUUGGCAGGAAGUUUAUUUGGGCUGAAAUUAGUUUCCUAUCAUUAUGGUGGAACUCUGAUGCGUCGGAUAAUGACAAAGUUAUUUUUAAGAACUUACUUAAGUCUGGAAAGCUAGAAAUUGUUACUGGUGGAUGGGUAAUGAAUGAUGAAUCUAGUUCACACUGGUUGUCUAUUAUACAACAGCUGACAACUGGCCACCAGUGGUUGUUUGAUAAUUUGGGGUACAUCCCUAAAAAUGCAUGGUCCAUUGACCCCUUUGGUUACUCUAGUUCACAACCAUAUCUUCUAAAGUUAGCUGGUUUGGAGAAUAGUGUUAUACAACGAGUACACUAUAGAGUUAAGAAGGAACUAGCCUUAAACAGGCAGCUGGAGUUUAAAUGGAGACAGUUAUGGGAUGGUGUUGGAAAGACUGAAAUGUUCACACAUUUGAUGCCAUUCUAUUCAUAUGAUGUACCACAUUCAUGUGGUCCUGAUCCAAAGAUUUGCUGUCAGUUUGACUUCAAACGAUUGCCUGGUAAUGGCGUCACAUGUCCUUGGGGGAUCGCUCCAAGGAAAAUAAUACAGAAAAAUGUAGAAGAAAGGGCGCAUUUAAUCCUGGACCAAUGGCGUAAGAAGGCGCAACUGUACCGAAGUAAUGUUGUUAUGUUCCCACUUGGAGAUGAUUUCCGUUACGACCGCGCUAACGAAUGGGACAAUCAGUAUGGCAAUUACGAAAUGCUCAUUGAUUAUAUAAAUAAUAACGACGCUUGGAACGCGGAGGUACAGUUUGGCACUUUGGAAGAUUAUUUCAAAGCCCUGCAUGCUGAGACCAAAUUGUCCGACUUUCCGGUGUUGUCUGGAGACUUCUUUACAUAUGCAGACAGAAGCCAGCAUUACUGGAGUGGAUAUUACACAUCGAGGCCAUUCUAUAAGAAUAUGGACAGGAUACUUUUAGCUUAUGUGAGAGCAGCUGAAAUAAUAACAGCCCAAGCGACAUCUACACACUCGGUGACGUAUAUAAUGUCGCUGCAGUUGCGUGACCGCGUGGAGCAAGCGCGCCGUAUGCUGGCAUUAUUCCAGCAUCACGAUGGUAUCACAGGCACUUCUAGAGACGAGGUUCGCGAAGACUACGCCAAAAAAAUGCUAACAGCAAUCAAAUACAGCCAGUCGGCGAUACAGCAAGCUGCUUAUUACUUGCUCAAACAACCCCCACUUAUCGAGCAAACACAAGAGGACAUAUAUUUCGACGUGGACGACAUCUGGCGGCGGCAUGACGAAAUACCUGGCAGGAUCACAAUAGCCUUGGAUAUUGUGUUACCAUCUAAAAGGCUGGUUUUGUAUAAUUCCCUGAGUUUUAAGAGGCAUGAGGUGUUGACUGUUCUAGUAUCUUCGCCUCAUGUUGAGGUGUUCGAUCCAGAAGGCAACCCGAUAAUGGCACAGGUGGCCCCAGUGGUAGCUGGUGAAAAGAGAUUAGGUUUCGCCGCUAACAAGUUCCUGUUGUCCUUCCCGGUCACUGUGGAUGCAUUGUCUCUAACUAUGUACACGGUGUCAUUGCGUGAUAAUAUGAGUAUUAACAAGUACACGUCAUACACUCGUGUGCGUGUGUACAAUGCGGAUUAUUGGAACAUCGAGCUACCCAAGAUGUUCCCGGUGGAGCAGCCCCCCGCUCGGCUUACUGAGGACGUCACAGUGCAGGCGGGCAACGGGACACGCGUGGUCGCCAACAUGAACGGAUUACUCAAAGCAAUUGUGUCUUCGAAUGGGGGCACCACACCGGUCCACAUGGACUAUGUGCAGUACGAUACUCAAAAAGGACACGACAACAACAGCGGCGCGUACUUGUUCAUACCACUCGGGCCAGCGCAGCCGUUCAAGUCGGACGCGUUUCCGGAGAUUGUCAUUACUGAGGGUAUUUACAAGUCGACACUAUAUUCUUCCCUCAACGGGCCCAGAGCCGCCGAGAUCGUGUUGGCUAUUUCUGUAUACGACAACCCGUCACUGCCGCAAGCUGAAGUGGAGAUAAGCAACACGCUGCUCAUCGAUCCAGUAGUCGACGAUAUAGAGCUCGCCAUGCGUUUCUCAACCGAGAUCAAGAAUGGUGAUGUUUUUUAUACGGAUCUAAAUGGCAUGCAGAUGACAAAACGUAGGUAUUUCGAGAAGUUGCCGCUUCAAGCCAAUUUUUACCCGCUACCAGCGGCGGCGUACAUCGAAGAUGAGUCGACCCGGUUUACAUUGCUCACCUCUACGCCGCUGGGAAUGGCCGCGUUGCAACCAGGGCAGAUUGAGGUGAUGCAAGACAGAAGACUGAGCCGGGAUGACAACCGGGGAAUGAACCAGGGCGUGCUGGAUAACGUCCGGACGCGACAUACAUUCCGCGCCAUCGUGGAACACGCCGCCGCGCCCUGCCCUACGCGACCGGCGGGCGCAGUAGGCGGGCAGCUGUCGACGGGCGCGCACGUGUCGCAGCAGCUGCACCUGCAUCCGCUGGUCGUGAUGCAGUACGCGGCGCGGGAGGACGCCGCCCGGCCCGCGUACUCGCGCUCCGCCUCCGCGCCCGUCGACGUCGUACUGGCCUCGUAUAGGCCUUAUGUCUCCACUAAGAGCAAAAACGGCAAUGCAAUGCAUGGUCUAGGCAUGACCUUCCAACGUGUCUAUUUAGACAAUUGUUACGGGAACAAGGAUAUAAGCAAAUGGUACCCUGUUGGUGAUGGACAGGUACAAUUGCCCGAAUUAGUGGAAGUACGUGCAGAAGAAGUAUUUGAGAGUACACUCACAUUUGUGCAUGUAGGGAAGGCUGUACCAGAUGGUGCCCUCACGUUGUGCCCCAUGGAGAUACGAUCUGUAUUCAUCAAUCAAACAAUGAAGCAUGGUUAAGUAUCAGGUACAUUAUAUUCGAAACCGUUAGUGAGAUAAUCAUUGCUGAUAUGGGGUGUGACAGAAAUGAGAAAACAGGCGCUUUGUAAUUUACUCUACGAUAUUUCAUACAAUAAUUAUGUUUUCCAUAUAUAAAAUGUUUGUAUUUACGACAAAACUAUCUGUUUUACUAACUCAUAGAAAUAUAGGUAUUUCUAUGAAUUAGUAAGUACAAGCUCUGCUUAGUUUGGGAAUAGAUGGCGCUGUUGUAUGUACAGUGUUAAUUAUUUAUAAACUAACGCCCCCGACUACGCACGGAUGCAGUUAUCUACAUAUAUGAUUAUAAACUUUCCAUAAAAAUGUCUAAGUGACAGUGUAAAUCUGUACAAUAAUUCGUCGCAUACUCUAGAAAUGAGCGGAAAAAAGACUUUAUUUUAUGCUAUUUUAAGAUUAUUGUAUGUAUAAUAUCGUGACGGUAAAAUCCUAUGUUAUUAUUUUAUAUUACGGUAAAUUAUAUAAGCGUCUAAUGACUUGUUUUGGGUUCCGUACUUAAAGCGCUGAUACACGAGACAAGAGGACACAAUGAAUAUAAUACGGUCUUAAAUAUUUAUUUAUAUUAUAAAAUCAAAAAUUUUGGCAAAUUUUAAUAGGGCGAAAAUAAAUGCUCAAUUAAUUGGGACAAUUAUAAUGCGGGAUUUUUUUACUUAUAUUAACGUGAGUCGUAAAUACGACAUAUAAAUAUAUGCAUUUAUUAAACAAAAAAUGGCUUAUAUUUGUUGCUACUAUAUUUUGAAUCAAUGAAGUAUUUUUCUUUUGUCUUGACGUCAUAACAAUAAUGAGCAAUGGUGCCUUUUUUUGGUAGAAAAUACUUAAAUAUGUAAAUUCUAUUAAUUAUUGUGGUUGUAUUAUAAUUUUUUUAUUGUAAAUCUUCUUGUAAAAAAAAUAGACUUCAGUUAAAAAAAUACGAGAACACAUAAAAAUAUUAUGAAAAAAAACCACGAAAACGAAAUAUACUAAUUUUCGUCUAAAUAAGAGCACUACCUUUGCGACAUGUCACGACUUUUAAAGGGACAAUGCUAUUAUUUCUAAUUUCACUUGCUUUAGUAUGUAAAUCUUUUCAUUCAAAUUUGCAACGCUGUUUUAUUGUAUCAUUUAGCUGGUCUGAUGAUGAACUUGUAAGCUACGCAUGAUAAACCCGUCAUGUUUAGACUAGUUUUAUUUAUUAUGACAAAAAGUAGCCCAGUGUAGUGCCUAGAGAGUUCGAUGAUGAAGAUUGAAAGCAAUAAGUUUGUUCUAACAAGACUUGUUUAAUGUAUAAUGAUUGAACGGUGCCACCCAUCUUUAUUAAUGGUAUAUCGUGGGGGGAUUGUGUACUAUCACAAUGGUUAUCCAUGCUUGUGUAAAAGUACAUGGCUCUGUUAAAUAUUUAUAAUAGUGGUGUAACGAAUAUUUGCAUUCGAAAUUCCAGAAUGUUCGCAUCUUUUUUUAUCGCAUUCGCAAAAGAUAAUACGAAUGCAUUUCGCAGUUAAAAAAGACUACUUAAACUCAAAACCAAUUAACGAGAAAACUAUCGCCAGAGGGAGAUUUUGUACAAAAGUCGAUUGCUUGGGUACCUCUGUCCCAUUCGUGUUUCAACCUUGAAACAGCUGUGUUUGCAUGGCUGUGUUUCGAUUUGAACUGAAUUUAAUGGGUACAGAGGAAUAACACCUGAGUCCUCAGGAAUGACAACGCAUGGGGGGUGUCAUGGGCGAAACAGUAUACUCUGUUAUGUCCACGGUACUGCUCAUGUCUAUAGGCGACGGUUACCACUUUCCAUCAGGUGGGCCGUCAGCUUGUUUGCCAUUCUAAGUUCUAUAAAAAAAAGCUGACUUUAGUCAGUAAGCAAUCAUGGGUUUACUUCGUAUAGUAUCGGCUACUCUUAGUUUCAAUACUUUCAACAUGGCCGGUCGUGAACGCACGAUUUAAAUGUGAGGUAGUCUAUAUUUCCUUCUAGCACUAUAUUUAAAAAGCAUAUAUUUGCAUUCGCGAAUGUUGAACUUAAAUGUUUGCAUUCACAUUGCAAAUGCGGGCCAAUAGAAUGUUCAUUACAUCACUGUUGGUGGCAUUCACAUGUUACAUAAGGUAACUACAUACGAAUAACGCUUCACUCGUGUGGGACUCUUUUUUCCCCGUUUUCGUGGAGUUUACCUUUCCUGGUGAAUCACAUCACAUGAGACACAUCUAUGGUAUAUUUAUGUUAUUAGAUUUUAUACUUAUCUAAGUUAAAUUUGUUAAGGGGCCACUUCCCAUGAUAUAUAAUCGCACAAAUAAUGGGGAAAAAAAUCUUAAUUUUUAUUUUAUUUUAAAAUUUCGUUAUUACCAAAAAGAAUGGCUAAUUUUUUUAAUCAUAUAUGUAGGUACGUAACUUUAUCGUUAAGUUUGUUUACUAUUUUUUAUAUAAUACUUAAGUAUAAUGUGAUUAACAAAUGUUGUAAUGAGACAUUGUGUCAGAAUUCAUAUCAUAAACACGUUAUAUUAAGUUCCUAAGUUAAAAAAAUUGUUUUAUAAUUUUUUCAUUUGGAAUAACAAAGAAUGUAAUUGCAUUUAUUUCAAAUAUUAUUUUAUUAGUUCUAAUAAUCUGAGAUAUUGUUUUAUUAGUAAGAAUAUUAAAAUAAUGAAUAAUAUGAAAUUUGUAAAACCUAAUGUUCCUAAAAUAAAAAUUAUAAUAAGUCUUUCCAAUCACUAGAGUAUAUUAACACCUCUGCAAUUCCUCUGGUGUUGCGGGUGCUCAUGGGCGGUGAUAGCCAUUUAUGAUGGCAAGUCACAAACGUCAGGCGAGCCGCAUGCUCGUUUGCUACCUGUGCUAUGAGAAAAGACUUACAAAAAUAUAUCAUAAUAAUGACUUAAAUACAUUAUGAUAAUAAUAAAGAAAAGACUAGGCAAUUAAAAGGCUUAUUUAUUUAUACAAAGAAGUCACAGCAUAUAAUGUGGCGUAACAAUGGAUAGAUAACAAUCUUCUACCUUGUUUUUACCAGUCCAUGGUGAGAUAUGGCUUCGAAACAGGCACGGAUGCAGAAUGGAUACAUUUUUGUUCGAGUUCAAAAUAUAAGUCGUAAUAUUAUAUUUCUGUAUAAAAAAAUCUUUAACUAAGACUUACUA